AUCUGUCAUGGUAUGGCACUGAACCAUAUACUCUUAUUAGUAUACUGUUUUGUCCACGUUUUGGCGCAUCAUAUUUCCCAUUUGUUUGCAGUUAUGGUAGGUAGGCCUUCCCAUUUAUACUGCCGUGACACUGCCGAACAUAAAGAACAGUGAACAGUAAACUACACGUUACAGAUCUCGCAUCACGUGGUUUUUUCACCAUGUUUGCUGAAUUCCAUAAUAACUUGGAUUGACUAUGUAAAAAGAGGCAAUCGAGCGUCUAUGGUAUUGUUGUACUUGGAUCAGCCACCUUAACUAAAAGUUACUAUAUAAAAAUAGGCUACAAUUAUUGUGAAAAAUCUAGAACUACCUGGAGUAGAAUAGUGACUUUUGUCACCUCUCCAUUUGUACAAUCAUCUGUCCAUUAAAAUGCAGGCUUUGCUCUUUCCCCUUCUUCUCUUCAACAUUUGAUACCUUUUUUUAAGAUCUUUUGUCUGGCAGUAUGUCAUUUUCGUUCCUGAAAAGUUUGGAAAAUAAAAAAAAACCUUUCUUUUUAGCCUUGAUCAAAAACUUGUGAUGAACAAUAAUAAUUAACACCUGGACAAGCAGCUAGUGGGUGCGCCAUUUUAUAUAAGCCACUUGAAAUAACCAAAACUUUCCCAAACUAUUAUCUGUUGUUGACCCUGAUCAAAACCAAACCAAAAAAAAAAAAAAAAACCGAACAAACGACAAACACAAUAGUACCCACCACCACUUCUUCUCCUAGUGAGGUCAGGUCACUGCUUUUCAGGAUUCGUUUCACUCAUCCUGAUUCUUCACUUGAUUCGGAAUCUCCGCCCGGGGAAAGAGCUCCGGUUCCCUGGAGGGACUGGCGGGUUGAGAAUUCCCGAACCGACGACAUGGGUUUGCCCAGCGACGAGGCUGUUUUGAUUCAAAAAGGAAAGGGUCCCGGCGAGCCGUACGUAAUCACGGUGAAUUGCCCAGAUAAGACCGGCCUCGGCUGCGACAUUUGCCGCAUCAUCCUCGAUUUUGGUCUUUAUAUCUGCAAAGGAGACAUAUCUACAGAUGGGAUUUGGUGCUAUGUAGUAUUGUGGGUAAGUCCUGAUUCGAGGCAGCCGAGUGUGAGGUGGGCUAAUCUGAAAGAGCGACUCUUAUCCGUCUGCCCAUCUUGCUCUGUUUCCUUCUUCUUGGAUCAGCCAUCUCCACGAACCACGAUAUCUCCAACUUAUCUUCUUAAAUUCUGCAGCCUGGAUCGAAAAGGCUUAUUGCAUGGUUAGUGAGUAUUUAUUACUUUUUAGUACUUUUUAAUUAUAUUUAUUAUGGUUUUAAAUGUUUGGAUUUUCAUGCUGUUGUUGGAUAACAUAUCCUUAGAUGUCAACCAAGUUCUUUGUGAACUCGAGCUUACAAUUCAAAGGGUCAAAGUGACAACCACCCCAGAUGGUCGUGUUUUGGAUCUUUUCUUCAUCACAGAUAACUUGGAUCUCUUACACACAAAAGAGAGACAGCAGGAGACGUGUAAACAGCUGCAGGCAAUUUUAGGUGAAUCCUGUGUUUGUUGUGAGCUUCAGUUAGCCGGCUCCCAGUAUGAUAACCUUCAGAGCAGGUCUUCAAUUUCUCCUGCUGUGGCUGAAGAGUUGUUUAGAUGCGAAUUAUCGGACAAAGAGAUUCGGACACAGGCUCUCAGUGCAGAUGUGACAAAGUUGAAGAAGUCUAGUGUGAACGUAGAUAAUUCCUUAAGUCCGGCUCAUACGUUACUUCAGAUUAACUGUGUCGAUCACAAGGGUUUUCUUUAUGAUAUACUGAGGACCUUGAAAGAUUUUGGGAUACAGAUAGCUUAUGGCCGAUUCUCACCUGUAACUAAUGGUCAUCGGGAGUUGGACCUGUUUGUUCGGCAGAAGGACGGGAAGAAAAUUGUGGAUCCAGAAAAGCAAGAUUCUCUGUGCUCGCGCUUGAAGGUGGAAAUGCUUCAUCCGUUGCGUGUAAUCAUCACCAAUCGUGGACCUGACACUGAGCUUUUGGUUGCCAAUCCUGUCGAGUUAUCAGGAAAGGGUAGACCGCGUGUAUUUUAUGAUGUCACAUAUGCACUCAAGACUCUCGGGAUAUGCAUUUUCUCGGCUGAAAUUGGAAGGCAUUCAACUGUUGAUCGCGAAUGGGAGGUUUACAGAUUUCUUUUAGAUGAAAACUGCAGAUUUCAGUUAUCAAAUAUGGUUGUUAGAAAUCAAAUUGUGGACAAAGUUAGAAGAACUUUGAUGGGCUGGUGAGCUUAUUGUUGCUUUUUUCGUGUAUUAACCCGGCAAGGGUUUUGCUUUUCCAUUAGUUCCGUUCCCAGAGGUAGCAGUAAAUUAUUUGUACAGUGUGAUACUCUUGUGAUGUUAGCUUUUUUAUUCUCUGAGUUGCGUUCAUCUAGAUCUUAUUCCUCCCCAUUUUCUGCAACAUGUUUUUCCCAGAAGGAAUGCCUCUUCUUUUACAUGUACUCUGGGUGUUGUUUUGCUGUGUUAAUGUAAUUAUCAAGUAAUGGUCAUUGAUUAUUACUCCUCCUCCUCUAAAUGAUUGUUUUAUUUGUUUUGCUUCCGCGUUUCAAAAUGAUUGUCCAAUUUAGAUUUUUAUUUCUAGUUUAAACAGUACCAAACUUAAAAUAUAAACUGGAUAAUCAUUUGGGAUGGAGAGGGUAUAUUGCAACAAGCAAGAUAACCGUUUUGUAAAGGAG